UGCUCACUAUAACACAACACGACUAACCCAAGAGCUCCAUUUUUCUCUCUUUUUUCUUUUCUACUCAUCACGGAGAGAAAUGGCUCUGACAACAAUGAAUCUCCCCAACGACGACGACUACUCCCAUAGACUCUCCUCCUUCCUCCACCACCACCCGCUUACUCACAAUAUGAUUCGCAACCCCCACCAUCCGUACUCUCGAACUCACCUGAGUUGUGACGUUUGCCGUGAAACCAUCCACAGCAGUUUCUACCAAUGCAAAGACUGCCACUUCUAUGUUCACUCAUUUUGCACUCGCCUUCCCAACAGCCUCCGCCACGUCAAAGACCCCGACCAUAAGCUCCGCCUCUACAGGCUCCCAUAUGGCCGUUGUUCUAUUUGCAAAGCUAAAUUUUCUUCUCUCUGGGUUUAUGGCUGCAACGUUUGUAAUGUCAAUAUCCAUAUCAAUUGCCUUCAAACAUCGACAGCAGCCUCCUCGACUUCACGUUCACGUGGGAUACACCACCAUGCGCCUCCACCCUGGGCGAUGGGGCCACCAUCCCAACCUGAUCAUUUUCAUGGUUGGGGAUAUCCUCCGGAUUACAAUAAUCAUGUUCAGUUUGGAUACAACAACAAUAAUAAUCAUCAAUAUCCUCAUCAGAUGAAUCAUGGUAACUUGGGAUCGGUGUUUGGGGGUACAAUGUAUUCUCUUGUUCAGAGUUUGAUAUUUGGUGCUCUCAAUGAUUUUAUUUUCGGUUAAUCCAUUGGUUUUUAAUUAAUUUUGCUUUUAGUUUGUAAUGGUCAGUGUUUUCAAUUCUUCAUUGUUUCCCUGUUCAGUAAUUCUCUUCCCCCUCUCUCUUUUUCCCUUUCAUUGUAGAAUUCUAGUGUUUGAGGUUGUUUAAAUUAAUUGAGCUUUUUUCUUUAAUAUAUAUGCGUUUAAAGUUGGAGGUCAAGUAUUUUAUGCAUUGUUUUUUCC